CGUUGUUUACGUCACUGCAUUAGUGAGCUUGAGGAAGCGACUGACAAUUCAUCGAGCUAUCGGACUCUGACAAACAGUGUUUUUUCUGAUUACUUCAUUGUUUCGAAACGCUUGUUAUUCUCAGAAGGGUCUGAAUUAGCUCGCCGGCUAUCUGACUGCAUUGAGUUGCUGUCAGCUCGCAGCGGUGAAGUGCGCACGCAUCACGAACCCCUGGAGCUUUCUGUCGAUCUUCAUCGAUCCGCUGAGAAUAUAUUGAUUGUGAGUGAUGGGGGCCCAGAGGAGUGAGGGACGCAGAGACUGGCUCCAGCAGGAUUUCAGCGAGCAGCAGGUCCAGACAGCGAAUCCCUGGAACAUCAUGAUCAAACACAGACAGGUGCAUCGCAGAGGACGGCGCUCACAGAUGGCCGUUAGUUAUACAGACCCGGUCAUUUCCAUGGAUCUUCUGCGGACCGUUCUGCAGCCCAGCUUCAAUGAAGACAUCCGUGCUGUGUUCAGAAAAUAUAUGAAGUUUUUUGAGAAAGCGGCCAGCAAUGUGAAAGAGAAUGUUGGAGUUGACGUCCAGCCCGAGCAGCUUAUCAGAGAUGCUUGCAGAAACUGCCUGGAACAUGCAAAACAGCUCUUUCCUGGUACAGAGAAAACGGCCCUGAAACCCAGUGUUGACCCAACAGUGAAGCGUGCACGGCAGCCAGACGACACCUCUGGCCAGAGAGACAGUCCCAUCCCUAAAAAGAGGAAAGGUCGCCCUCCAGGUACUGUUGUACAGUAUGACAGACCAGCCUCGUACAGCACCGCAGCAAAACUCAAAAUAUCCGAGCCAAUAAAGCGAGAAGGACCUAAGUGGGACCCAUCCAGACUGACUGAGAGCAGCACAUUCGUUCUGGGAUCCAGGGCAAAUAAGGCUUUGGGAAUGGGCGGUACAAGAGGAAGAAUCUACAUCAAACAUGCAGAGCUCUUCAAGUAUGCCGCUGAUGCUCAGGACAAACACUGGCUUUCAGAAAGACAGCACAUGAGAGCCACCGGUGGAAAGAUGGCCUAUCUGCUAAUAGAAGAGGAUGUUCUUGAUCUUGCCCGAAGUGAAGACUACAAGGACUGUCCUGACUUGAAGCUGGAUGAAUUGAAACCAUUUCUAGUGCCAAUAUGGAUGGUGGAGAAGAUGCAGAAGGCAAUGGAAGCACAGAAAUCAGAAAAUGAUCUUGUCAUAUAGUGCCACGCAAGUCGUUGGACCACGGACACUCUUGAGUGUUACCAAUUUAUCAUAACUGUAACUUUUUAUUGUUUAUUUUGUUUGUGCGAUGUUCAUAGUAGACCCAGGCAUUACGAUCAAGUUGCCCAGAAAUUGUUGCAUUGGGGGUUUACUUGACAAAUCAAAAUGCCACAUUUCAUUUCACACGCUAUUGUCUAAACUGGUGUAGAUCUGAUUUCUUUUUUCUGGCAACAAAUGUGUGCUUUGGUUUUUAAAAUACUUGAAUAUCUAAUGAGGCACCUGAAGAGCCUUAAUGAUUUUUUGUGUGUGUGUGUGUUUAUGUGUGAGUCUAUGUCCUAUUUUUUUUAAAACAAAUUAAUUUUAUGAAAUGUCAUAUCUGCUUUCAAAUGGAAGUUAUUUAGUUAUUUUAAUUUGCCACUUAUUUCUCUUUUUAAAUAUAUUGCAUUGUUCUAAAAAAAAAAAGCAACAACUAAGAAGCUACUUCUCUCUCAGCAGAACUAUACGAGCCGUGAUGGUUUUUACCUUAUAGUAUCUUUUGUAACUUAAAUGUUUUCUUUUUUUUAAUGUAAUUGACUGAUUUUAUAACUAAUUAAAAAUGUGGGGAGUUGGUAAGUAUUUAAAUUAUUUUCUAAAUGAAUUUCAUACCUGUUACACUCACCUAAUGUCUGUUAUAACUGAAAAUGUAGAACAGUUUAUUAAUGUAUGCAAGUAUAUUUACCAAUAAACAGUUUUGU